GCUGCUGAGAAUUGUUUUGUAGCUUAGUUCUGUUUAAUGAAGGCAAAUUUCCCGUUUCUGAGUCAGCCCGUAAACUCAUCGCUCCGCCCAGAUCCCGGUUUUGUGUUCCCGGAAAACGUGGUACGAGCAUCGAGUUUCUGCAAAGCAAUUUCCAGGUGGCUUUACCCCUGCAUGCAAUUUGGAUAUCGCAAUGUCUGAAGGGAACGUCGGCCCCCCUGUGAGUGGAAAUCCCCCUCCACCAGAGGUCAUAAAUUCCAAGAGGCCUGGACGUGUAACCAAUCAGCUACAGUAUCUGGAGAAGGUGGCGCUCCAAGCUUUAUGGAGGCAUCAAUACUCAUGGCCUUUUUAUCAGCCAGUGGAUGCAGUGGCACUGUGUCUCCCAGAUUAUUAUACAAUUAUUACAAAUCCAAUGGAUCUUGGCACCAUUAAGAAGCGGCUAAAGAAUAGUUACUACUGGCAAGCAGUUGACUGCAUAGAAGACUUCAAUAUUAUGUUCACCAACUGCUAUGCGUACAACCAGCCUGGGGAUGAUAUUGUCUUUAUGGCAAAAACCCUCGAAAAGCUUUUUCUGCAGAAACUUUCUAAAAUGCCGCAGAAAGAGUUUGUGGUAGAAGUCACUACAAAGGACCUACAAAAAGGGAAACACUCUAAUGCAGAUGCAUUAAAGCACCGAUCCCUCAUGUCAGAGGUUGUUCUUCAGCAGACUGUGACAGUCAUUCCUCCAGAUGUCCCUCAGUCGAGCCUACCCAUCCAGCUCUCUGCACAAACUGACUCAACACUAAGCACUGAAAUGAGCAAAAAAGGUCUCAAGCGGAAAGCAGACCCCACCACCACCUCAGUGAUCACCAGCAGUGAAGUCUCCCCUGCUGAACAUUCAGCACCUUGUAUGCUGAUCUCCCACAGAGGCAGUGGAAGGCCCAUCAAGCGUCCUAAGAAAGAAUUGCCUCUCAUUGAGGCCAAGAAGGUCAGACUGUCUGAGCAGCUCAGAUGCUGCAAUGACAUCCUGAAGGAGCUGCUCUCAAAGAGGCACUCUGCAUAUGCAUGGCCCUUUUAUGUGCCAGUCGAUGCGGUUGCUUUGGGUUUGCAUGACUACCAUGAUAUCAUCAAGCAUCCCAUGGACCUGAGUACUAUCAAGAAAAAGAUGGAUCAAGGAGAGUACGGAAAUGCAAAAGUGUUUGCUGCCGAUGUUCGCUUGAUGUUCUCCAACUGUUACAAAUACAAUCCACCUUCAAAUGAGGUGGUACACAUGGCAAGAAAACUUCAGGAAGUUUUUGAGGCCCGGUAUCUGAAGCUUCCCCAUGAAGCAGAGUCCUGUCAGACAUCACAUCAGCAAGAAAAGGGAAAAGGAAACCGAAAUGGAAGUCUGUCAACUUCAGAAAGUUCUGACAGCAAAAGCUCAUCAUCUGAGGAAGAAUUUUCAUCAGAAGGGAGAGCCAUUCUGCUUGCCAAUCUGGAGGAUCAGUUGAAGGCUGUCAGUGAGCAGCUGAAGAAGUUUGUCCAGGAUCCCAUGAUGAAAUCAAGGAAGAGAGAAAAGCUGAAGAAGGAAAAGAGAUCAAGGGAAAAGGAUAUAGCUCAACUAAAGAACAAAUCCUUUAAAUACAAAUCUGUUGUUCAAAGUAUCGCACCCAGCAGGAGCUCUUCCUUGAAAGAAACCAGACCUCCUAAUCUCCGUGAAUCCAUGAAAGAUGAGGGUUCAGCCCCAUUGGCACCAAUUACUUACCAGGAGAAGAAACAGUUAAAACUGGACAUCAACAAGCUGCCUGGUGACAAACUGGGCAAGUUGGUGAAAAUCAUCCACACCAGGGAGUCUUGUCUGCGAGAUUCCACUCUGGAGGAGAUUGAAGUUGACUUUGACAUGCUCAAGUCUUCCACACUGCGAGCUCUGCAGAGGUUCGUCGCAGAGUGUCUGACUAAAUCCAUCAAUGUAACAAAAAAAAGACCCAAGCCCACAGGAGCAAUCCAGACUGCAAAACUAAAGUAUGGCGGAACGUCUCAGACUGUCGGCAAAGACCAGCACUUAACUGGUAAAAAGAGGUCAUCAGCUCAAGUCGUGGCCUCUCCUGGUCUCAGCUGCUCCUCAAGUGGGAGCAGCAGCAGCAGCAGCUCAUCCGACAGCAGCAGCUCAUCCGACAGCAGCAGCUCAUCCGACAGCAGCAGCUCAUCCGACAGCAGCAGCUCGAGUAGUCUUUCUACCGCCUGUGAUGCCAGGGACACUGAAUCAGUGCUGAAAAAGAGGAAGCGGAAAUCUAAAGACCAUUGCCAAAAGGUUAACAAAAAGGUGAGACAUGCUGCUGGUAAACAGAUGUUGGGAGGAGCAGAUUUGACGAAAGCAUCCGUCAAGACCAGUCAGCUUCUUGCUAAUGGGCAGUCUGUAAAGAAAGCAAACAGGGAAGGACAUCCAGCACAGCACGAUGCAGCGCUAACCUUUGAUGACUUCACUUUAUCGCCUCCAGAUUUGUCUGCACUUUUAUCCCCCAUGGGAUCUCCCGUAGAGCUACUGGACUGGGCUGCUGCAAGAUUUGAGGGUCCAGUGCUGUCCCCUCUUGGAGACAGCCCCCUGCAAUCCAAAGACGAAAUAACACCCAAUUUCAGAUACACUGCAGAUCUUCCUGACAAGCAGUUGAUUAAUGUGCCUAACACUGAUGCUGCGAGUAAAUCUGCUGAGGGUGAAAAACCCCAAAUUCCCAAAAAGGAUAUUGUGGUGAAAAACACCGAGCCUUGGGUGAGAUUGGGAAGACCGAGAGAGAGGGUGAUGCUACCUCCAAACAAUUCCUCAAAAGGGACCUUCCAGAUGUUUCGUGAAAAACUACUGAAAAAGAAAUUGUUGGAUGAAAGCAAAAAGAUCGAGGCUCCUGAAAAGACCAGUCUACAAGUCCCAUGUAAAUCAGAACAAAACCCACAGCCUGUUAAGGAAGUUUCGGGUUUGCCUGGAAGUAUUUGCACAGAAGGUCCCUUGGAUGCUCCCAAACAUGUUGAACAGCAAAGGUCUAAAAAAAGGCAACCUCUAAUCACACAGUCGUCUUUAGAUAAAGAAAGAGAGCGGGCCCGCCAAAGAGCGCAGGAACGUCGCAAGCGAGAAGCAAUGACUGGUAUCGACCUAACAUUGCAACGGGAUGUCAUGACUAGAUUUGAGCUUGACCUUUAAACUGGGCGGAGAUUUAUCUGAAACGUGUUUGAUGUCUUGAUAGUUUUUUUUCCCUUUGAUGCCCUGUACAUGUCAUUAAACCUAAUAAAAUAAAUGCUUCAUUUGUGGGGGUGGUAGUAA